CACAAAGUUUCCCAUAACAUAACGAUAUCAAAAGGCUGGUCAACGCACCCGCGUUCUCGAGGUGAGGUAUAAUCGUUCACCACUCCAUGGAACAACCUCUGGCAGCGCAGUCUCAUGAUUUCCACGGGAAAUACCCAAGCAGACCAGAUUCAUCAUAGUUUGCUAAUCAUAGCAAUCAAGUCGACCCAGGGGAAAGAAUGACGAGCAGGAACUUCGGUACCACCUCCAACCUAACAACAGGCCUACAACGAAACGACACAGUGCGGCCUUCCAUGGCGAGCUUAUCUGGCGGGGCAGUCAAGGCGCGACAGCUAACACACCUUCACUCCCAGUUGGCCCAGCUGUCCGCGAAUCUGGCCGAUACCGACAACCUGGUUCGGAUGACGAGCGUCCAAGCCGAGGCCAUGCGUGGCUUGGGUAGCUGGCAUGGCGGCCUUUUUAUGGCGGCGAGUAAGGUCUUGGGGGAGGAAGCUAUUAAUCGCGAUGCUGGUAGCAAGCAACCGUGAAUUUUCUCUACGUGGUCAUUGUUAUUAGUUGGUGAACUUGCGACAUUAGCCUGGGAAGCAUCGAACCGAAUUUCGAGGACCCUUAUUGGAGUUUCCAUCUCUUUAUUAAUUCACAGGCUAUUUAUUGUUUCUGGCUUUCGCUAGCUAAGUCCAUUCGGAAAGGAUUGUUUGACACGAUGCAAGUCGGAUAUUUGGCUUGGUAUCAACGAUACCAAUAACCAGCUCGUGGCCGUAUCGCCUUGCUCAUAAUCUAUCAAAACAAGU